CCACCCUUCUUAAACUUUAUGAGAAUUUCCUGAACGGCAUUUGCCACUAAAUUAAAAUGGAUUGACCUUCUCAGCCACAUGGAAGUGAAGCAAAGUUUAAAAUAGAAGCAUCAACAAAAGAAUGCUCAUUAAAUUGACAUCGCACAAUGGAACAAGAGAAAAGAGCCAUGUCGACUGAUCAGCUAGUUAGCGCUCUCCAGCACUUGGCAGCCAUAGGUUCUAUUGAUACAUCUCGGAACCAGGACUUGGAUUUAGUGGCCAAGCGAUUGCAGGCGGACAGUGCCUUUCGUUUAGAACUUGGUCAAGAUGAAAAUGUUUGGAAGAAUCUUGCCAUGGUAUUGAAAGGGGUCGUCAAAAAUGGAUUGGACCCAGAACAUGUGGGACAGCUCACGUGUUUGCUUCGUAUUAUUCGUAAUUGCGUUGCAAACGUGUCUGAUAAUCAGAAUCAUGCAAGAACUGCAAGCCUGCCACAGUUAAUUCAAGAGGUUGUUUCUCAAGCAGCCCACACUCACUACGGAAACGCAGCAUUUAUUAUAAUGUUAAGGGCGGGGGUACAGACUUUAUCGAAUUUAUUGACAGGAAACGAGCAAUCUAAGAACCUUAUCUGGAAGCACCUUUUAGUCAAGGCCCCUAGUACGAGCUGUGAUCAAAAUUUAUUAAGUACACUUGUGGCUAUUGAGGACGAAUCGAUUGUAUUGAGCACAGUCAUGCUUUGUUAUAACUGUAUUUUUAAUUCGCAGGAGCGCAGUACCUUACUCUUCUCCACUGUUGCGGGGAAAAAGCUUUUAGUGCAGCUCAUCAACGAAUCUCAUGCGAUCGUCAGCAAGGACGAUCGCAAAAGUUUUGAGAUGAUUUAUACUUUCUUCAACCAUCUGGUUGAUCAAGAGUAUUUGCCAGAGCUAUUUGAAAGUCUAAAGACACAGGGGCGGGAAAAUGAGGAGGAAUAUAGUAUUCGUUAUCAUGGAAAAGAUUUUAAUGGCUUAAAGGACCCUGGAGAGUUGGCAUCCAAAUUUCGAGGACUUGAGAUUGAAGAGGUAGAAGGUGAUGGAAUCACUACAAGAUCGCAAAAGAGCGACCAUAGGAAAGAGGGUAAGAAGGAAUCCUUCUUGAGUGCAGAGCAAGUUAUUCUGCUCAAAUUCAUUGACUCUAGGAUCUAUAGCCACCAUCAACAACAACAUCAGCGUUUGCAGGAGCUGAAGCAGCAGCAUAAGAGGGCGACAAACAUAUUGAGCGAAACUGAACCACCAGUUAGUCUGAAAACAUUGGUGUUUUUGCUGAACUUAUUUACAAAAGUGGCAACCUUAACAAUAGAAGUCUUUGAGACUUUAGAUCAGCCUGGUGUAGGGCAGCAUGAAGUUGAGGAACUAGCGAACUUGUCGUCGGGGUUGAUGCUGUUGCUUGGAUGCUUUACAUAUUUGAGCCUAUUUGACGACGGAGUUGUUAUGUACUCGGUCCAGGAUGUGCUCAAGGAGGAUAUGGAAAAUAAGGAGAGGGAGGAGCAGGUUGGUGAACCCAUCCCUGUCCCUGAAUGGUUCAAAGUACAACACAUGACGAUGGUCAACCACGGACUAGUGGAGAGUUCCAUUGAGCUCUUACGCCAAGCUGAUAAGAGUUUGGUCCGAGUCACCAAACCAAUUUCGGCCAUGUCACAGAGUGAUGAACCUACUUUAGAAUCAACAACACAAUCCAUGGAUGCCAACACUACGUCGACACUUCUCACAAACACAUCGACUAAACAAGGACAGCAAUCGUUCUUUGCGGGGUUGAAGCGGGAUAUUGUGAGGCUAGUCGGGAAUUUAGCAUACCGAUCCCGCCAUGUUCAGGAUUUGAUACGGGGAUGCAAUGGACUUGUUGUGAUGUUGAGCCAGUGCAAUAUAGAUGACGUGAAUCCAUAUCUCCGCGAGUAUGCAAUUCUAGCGAUGAAGAACAUCCUUUCAGGAAAUCUUGAGAACCAAGCGCUAAUUGAAGAAUUGAAACCUAUUGAAGCUGUUGAUCAUCCAGCGUUGCAGGAGGCACGGCUGAGUACACGAUUAGAUACUGUCACUGGACGUCCAGUGUUGUCACAGAAAAGGCCAUAGUCUCAAAAUAUUUUGCUCCGAAAUUCUCUCUUUUCUUUUGGAUAAAUAGUAGAUUUCUGUCGGGAAUGAAAGGUAUCAUGGCAAAACAGGCUUUCCUACACCUUUCCCUCUCCUUUUUAGUUUCUAAUAAGUAGAGACUUUUUUUUUUUUACUUGCCGAUUCGUCCAUUGAUAUAAAGCGCCACCAACACU